AUGGUACGACUUCUGUUGGCAACUAUCUGCCUCGUGGCACUAGCCGAUCGUUCGGCAAACGGAUUUCCAACCGGUCAAGGAGAAGCACUGCCAAACACACCGGAGAAUGUGCGACGUUUGGCCAACCUGGGCCCCAACGACCUGGCGGAAGAGCUGAGCGGCCAGUUCGAGGGUGACAUGGUGCUCGAUCAAGAACAGCAGGACUUUGUGCGGAACCGACGGAACGGCCUCAUUUCAACGGAUCGCCACUGGCCGAACCGUAUCGUGAACUACUACAUCAACGAGGACCACUUUACUCCGGAACAGGUGGCACAUAUCGAUCUCGGGGCGCGUCUGAUACAGAGCCAAUCGUGCCUUCAGUUCCGACGCGUUACAACGGAAGCGACGGCCUACAUCAACGUGAGGGGAACCGGUUCCGGUUGCUCGUCGGCAGUCGGCUACACCGGCCAGAUGCAGAACCUGAACCUGCAACCGUAUCCGGUCGGAGAGGGCUGCUUCCGCAUCGGGACCGUGGUGCACGAGUUUUUGCACGCCCUCGGGUUCUACCACCAGCAGAGCGCCAGCGACCGGGAUGAGUUCGUCGACAUCAUCUGGGAGAACAUUGAGUCGGGCACGGAGAACAACUUCAACAUCUACCCGGACACCACGGUAACGGACUUUGGCGUACGCUACGACUACGGCAGCGUCAUGCACUACGGUGCCACCGCGUUCUCCAUCAACGGUGAGCGGACGAUCGUGCCGAAGGAUCCAACCGCCCAAAUUGGCCAGCGGUUAGGUAUGAGCGAGCGGGACAUUUCCAAGCUGAACUGGAUGUACGGGUGCUUAACUAAGGGCUAA